UUCUCAUUAUUUUAUUUUGAAGAGUACAAAAAAUCAAAAAUAAUAGGCAGCGGCUCAUUCCAAUUAUAGAUUGUGUAAUACUCUGUGGCCGACAAGAAAUAGCUAUGCGUGGACAUACUGAUUCUGGAAAAAUUGACUUUGAAAGUUCUUUAAAUCAAGGCAAUUUUAGAGCUAUAUUAAAGUACAGGGCAAAAGGUGAUGAAUAUUUAAAACAGAUCCUUACACAUGAAGGAAGAAACAAAUAUAUUACACCUCAGAUUCAAAAUGAAAUUAUUAUUGCAUGUGGAGAUGUUAUUUUAAACAAGAUUGUCAAACGUGUAAAUGAGUCUGGGUGUUUUUCAAUUUUAGUAGAUGAAACUACUGAUAUCUGCACAAAAGAACAAAUGGCUCUAUAUCUUCGUUAUGUUGAUGAUAGUUUUUGUAUACAUGAGAGUUUUUAAAAUUCAUUACAGUAAACAGUUUAACUGGUUGUA